UGUUGCGCUGCGCUUCCGCGCUGUCACUGUUUCCGUUUCCACCAACGAGAAGCAUCACGCCUCCGCAGCGCCCAGCGUUAUUUUUGGUGUUUUGUUUAGCCUUGAAUCCUCUACCUUCCGUAUAGUAGUUCGGGCUUUCCGGAGUUUAAGCAGAUUGGAGACAUUUCUUUGCAACCAUGGGAGACAUCGAGGCUCCCAACGCGAACCCACCGCGGCCGAAUGUCCUCCUGUCGGUCCUCCCGAGCAAAGAGUUCGCCUCCUCGAGGAAAGGAAUGCUGCUUAUCGCUGAAGUGGCUCUGUCCUUUGUGUCUUUUGUGUGUUUCGCGGCAUCCACAGCAGCAGCCUUUGUGACGGUUCCCCUGCUGGAGCUCCUGGCCGCUCUCUUCUUGUUGUUCGCUUACUCCACCAAAUUCAACGAGCGGUUUAAAGGCUUCCUGUGGCCGCUCACGGAUUUCAUGAGAUGUGUGUCUGCCUCCAUCAUCUUCUUCAUCAUCUCCAUAAUUUCAGUAUCCAAAUAUGUGGACGGUUCCUCUAAGGCUGCUGGGAUAUUUGGUUUCAUCGCCACCAUCAUUUUUGCUUUAGAUUUUUACCUAAUUUUCAAUGAGCUGGCUGCUUUCCUAAAGCAAGGAGCGGGGGAGUCCGCCGAGGAGCCAUCAGGACGCCAAGAUGAGUUUUCAGACUCUGAUUCGGACUGAGACGGCGGACCACCACCACCUGGAUGACGAGUUGAAUCAUUCAAAUCAUGAUCACGUCUGGACCUCAAAUAAUGACCAAUAUUGACUUCGAGGAAUGUACUGCAACCUUGUUUACAGUCAUUAAACUACAACACUAAAUUAAUAUCAUUCUUUAGGUGUGGUUAUAAGGAGGUGUGUGAGUGAGGGAAAAUCAUUGACCUAUUUUUAGUAUUACUCUAAAACGCACAUGUACAAUGUAUAGAAGGACGUUUGGUUGAAGGUUGGCUGGUUACAACCUCCAUUCAAUUGUCAGAUUUACAUGAGUACAUUUUUUUAAAGUUAACAAUAUUUUCUUAUAAAUUCAGCUGUUGGAUUCCUGAGGCUUGCACCACAUGAUGACCUUUUCUGGAUCAUUCCAGCUUUUAUACGACCCGUGUUUGAAAGUUGUCAUGAAUCUAAGUGACUAAAAUGUGUUCUAAGACUGACCCGAAGCUUGAGUGACUUUCUGCUCUUUGUGUGCACGUGUCUGUAACGCCACUUUGUCCAUAUUACAUAGUUAAAUGCAAGGUAUCUGUGAAUCUUUUUGGGGUCUUUAGCUCUUCCACAGCUGUAGAAUUACACGUACUGGCCUCAUCGACUUGUUUAUGUAACGUACACUGAACGAGUGUUAAAGCAGCGCUGGGAGUGAAAAGUGGAGGAAUCAGUCGCCACAAACCUCCACUUGGUGUUUCAACUGUUGAGAGCCGUUGGCACAUUAAUGUUGAAAAAAAUACUUCCACGAUUGCAAUUACAUCCAAUAAAUAGAUUGUCCUUUUGUGGCAGUUUGUUACUUCUGCAGCUUUUGUUUUCACUAUUGAUGAAAUGUUUCUUUUUACGGUAUUACCAUUCUGUGAAUAAAAUUAUUUGAUUAAAAGA